AGGCAAUGUCACAUGUGAUGUACGCUUGUUAGUUCCUGAUCAACAGAAAAUUGGCACCAGAGCUUUCUAUUGAUAUUUUGAUAGAAAAUGGGUUGUUUCUGGGGCCCGAGUUCUGAUGAAGAUCGUGAACAAAACAAGAGAAACUCCAAAAUUAAUCAAGAAAUAAAGAAGUCAAAGCAAACCUUCAAAUCAACUCACAGACUUUUGCUUUUAGGGGGCGGAGAGUCAGGGAAAAGUACGAUCGUCAAGCAGAUGAAAAUCCUUCACAUCAAUGGUUUUACUGAAGAAGAGAAGCGGGAAAAAGUUAACGUAAUACGACAGAACGUGCGUGACGCUAUCACGAGUAUAUGCAUGGCAAUGGGUAGCAUCGGAUUAGAGCCGUCCGAGAGAAUGAACGAACAAAGUCUUUCAGCUUACGAGUAUAUGAUUAACAUCCCCUCAGAGUUUGAUUUUCCCCAGGUGUUUUAUGACAAUGUAAUCUUGUUAUGGAACGACCCACUGAUACAGGAAUGUUACGAUAGGUCAAAUGAAUAUCAACUUAUAGACAGCGCUAAAUAUUUCCUGGAUAAAGUUAAUGUUAUCAGAAAAGAUACAUAUGAACCUAGUGAUCAGGACGUGUUACGCUGUCGUGUGUUGACGUCAGGGAUUCUAGAAACUAAAUUUGAAGUAGAUAAAGUUAAUUUCCAUAUGUUCGAUGUGGGAGGCCAGCGGGACGAGAGGAGAAAGUGGAUCCAAGUAUUUAACGACGUCACCGCUAUAAUAUUCGUGGUGGCUUGUUCUAGCUAUAACAUGGUCCUCAGAGAGGAUCCGUCCCAGAACCGUUUACGAGAAGCGCUCUCUCUAUUCGAAAAUAUUUGGAACAACAGGUGGUUGCGCCAGAUAUCUGUAAUAUUGUUCCUCAACAAACAAGACUUGCUAUAUGAGAAGAUAAUGAGUGGUAAAUCUAGGCUAGAAGACUAUUUUUCUAACUUUGCCAGCUACCCCAUGCCAUCUGAAAAUGCCUCCAGAAUUAAAGGCGCUGACCAUGAGGAUGAAAUGUUCAUUCGAGCAAAACAUUUCUUAAGAGACGAGUUUCUUCAUAUCAGCACGGCUUCCGGAGAGGGCAGACAUUAUUGUUAUCCUCACUUUACCACGGCUGUGGACACUAAGAACAUAGAACGGGUAUUUGCGGAUUGUCGGGACAUUAUUCAGCGAAUACACCUGCGACAAUACGAACUACUGUGAGGCCGGGCUACACUCACCCGGCCGGUACCAGUAACUUGUAACAUAGUGUAUAAAGUAACGGUAGUUCGCAUAUCAUGUGGGAUUGCCGACAGCAAACAAAGAUUUCAGUGGAAAUGAUAUAGCAGCCAUUAGAACCAAACACCCGGCAGCAGUAGCUGUGAGGCGAGUGAGCUUGUCUGUCGUGUCGGGGGUCUGUGUGACGUAAUACGUUGAGCUGUGACGUCACCACACUUUCUAGGAGAGAACAGCGUUGCCUGGCAACAGACUAAUGUUGUACACUGUUAAAUGUACAAUGUUUCUUAGUAUAAUAUGUACACAAUUGUAGAUUGUUAUCAGUUUAUGUUGGUAACAUACGUAUACAGUUUAAAUGUUUACUAUUAACAUCUUUCUUAAUUUGUUUUCUUACAUUAAUUAAGUAAUUAAGUAUAAUUAAAACCUAACCGUCAGACACCCAGUGCCUAAUUUCGUUGUUAUAAUUUUAAGGGAUUUUAUUUUAACUUAACUGCCUGGACCAGAAUUUGUAAUGAUUGUUGAAAAUUUUCCUCGAUUUCAUAUCACAGGAGAAUUUGGACGGAAUUUUGGUUGCUAGGUGUAUUUUGAUGGUCCUAGUUUUCAAUUAAUAGCUAAUAUAAAUGGUUUUCACCUGACACAUACAACACCAUAUAUGGGCAUGUUUUGGAUUUCAACAGGAUCAUCUACCCAAAUUGACCCCGGUUAUGAAAACGCGAAACUUUUGCAAAUCUUCAACCGUACAUUACAUCGUGUCGUUGUUCGUAGAUGAUCCUUAUUAAGGGAAACACUUCUUGCCUUCAAACACUAGUUCUUUCAUAAGGGAUGGUACGCUAAUUGUUUUUAUGUUUUAUUUUUAGUUUAAAGAUUUUAUGUAGACUAUUUAAUUAUUAAAUGACCUGGCUACUCGAGAUCAUCACAAAUUUAACACAUAAUACGAUUUUAAUGUGACACUUUUUGAUUGACUUGUGCUGUUAAUGCCAAUGCUCGCAAGAUGCCUAAUGAUUGCAUUCCUGAUGCGAUAUAAGUUUAAAAGGAGAGGAGUAUGGGGCUCUUGUUGUGAUAUCGAAUGACUAGGACUGGCUUCUACAUCGAUAACAUAGUUUCAGUUCUCGGGCUCACUCAAUUUUAUUCACUAUUUAACUUCUCUGCCCCCGAUAUACAAUUCAUAGCUUAGUCUGGUCAAUUUCAUUUCAUUUCAUCUUCAUGGAAACGCUUUGCACUUACCCAAUUCUCUUCACGGUUGAUCAAUGAUCAUGCAUCAAGAGAAACUUCCCCAACUUCUACUGAUGAUGCACCAUGCUUUUGACUUCACAUUAUCCAUCAACUUAACGUGCUAUCCUGUGAACCAUUGCCAAUUUUUGUCAACCACCAGGCCCGUUUUAAGAAACUGGAUGCAAACUUACGUAAUAUGAGUCUUAUUGUUCAGAGAGAUGUUUCCGUUGUAAAGUGUGGUGUGAGUUUAAGGGUAGUAAUGCUAGCAUUAGGAUUAGAAUUAGUAUUAUAUUUGAUACGCAGAAUCUUGAUUUUCUUUGUCCCUCUAGUCAUGCAGUGCAGUACUAUACCUGCCAUUAGACGUAUAAUAAAUUUUUGUUAAUUCUUUAAAGUUCAAUGACAGAUUUCAAUACUUA